AUGGAGAGAGGUAUUAGUUUGAAAAUGUAUUAUAAUGGUCAAAUCUUUCCCCAAACAUCUGAAGGUGUGAGUUUUGUUUGUGAGAAUCCACGUGAUAUUGUUAUUCCUUUUGCAAUAACAUACGAGGAAUUUAAGAGUAUACUUUGUCAAUGUGGUGAUAAUCAAGUAUUAAAGAGAGUCGUUAAUAUUUUUUAUAGACAGCCUGUUUUAGUGUUCGGUGGUUUCGUUCAGUUUCAAAUGAUGAGUGUGGUUGACGAAGGAAGUAUGCAAGGAAUGUUUUCGAUCUACCAACAAACACGAGCACAAGUGUCUAUUCUCGAAUUGUAUGUUGAGUUUGAAGAAUUAGUUGAGGUUGAUUUACCGGAGGCUAACAUCGACUGGACUGUUUAUAACAGUGAAAGCGAAGAGGAAUUUGAGGGCACCUACCAUAUUGUUGGUCCAACUGAAGAAGUGGGUGAAGAUGAUAUAAUAGUUGAGUCUAACGUAGCAGAUGUGGCAAAUGCACUGGCGAGCCAAUAUCCAUCUAGAGAGCCUUCUUUCAUGCACGCCUUGGAUGUAGACGCUAUGAAUGCACCAGAAUUUCCUGAAUAUAUCAAUUCAAAUCCUGUUGUUGUUUCGGACGGUGAAUUUGUUGUUGGCAUGGAAUUUAGUUCUAGAGAGACUAUUAUUGCAGCAAUUAAAGAUUAUACCAUUCGCAGGGGAGUGGAUUAUCGGGUGUGUGAAUCUGAGCCAACGACUUUUUAUGCUAAGUGUGUACAAUACGGAAGAAGUUGCGAUUGGCUUAUUAGAGCUAGUCUUAUUAAGAGAAAGUUUUGUUGGGUUGUAAGGCGAUACAAUGGUAGUCACACAUGCACUAGAACUAGAAUUUCUCAAGAUCAUGCCAAGCUAAAUUCAGACAUGAUUGCAGAGGUGAUAAAGCCAUUGGUUGAAGCUGAUCCAUCUUUGAAAGUGAAAUCAAUAAUUGCUGAAGUGCAGUCAAAAUUCAAUUAUACGACAAGUUACCGCAAAGCAUGGCUCGCGAAGCAAAAGGCAAUUGCAAACCUUUUUGGUGGUUGGGAAGCUUCUUAUGAAGCUUUGCCGUCGUGGUUUGAAGCAAUGGUACAAAAAGAUCCAUCAGCAGCAGUCGAGAUUGAAACUGCACCAGCAUACCAAGGGGAUGAGGUGGAUGGGACACAUCUGUACGGGAAAUAUAAAGGAGCUCUACUAGUUGCAGUUUCUCAGGAUGGCAAUGGCAAUAUUGUGCCUCUUGCAUUUGCCGUUGUUGAGGGUGAGACUUCUGAUGCAUGGCACUUCUUUCUUACUCAUUUACGCACACAUGUGGUGACUCGAGAUGGUGUUGGGCUUAUCUCUGAUCGUCACGACUCUAUUACCUCAGCAAUAGCUCGUAGUAAUGGAUCAUGGGAACCUCCAAGAGCUAUCCGAAUGUUUUGUGUUAGGCACAUAGCAUCCAACUUUUUGAGGAAUUUCAAGGCACCGUAUUUACAGAAGCUGAUAGUCAAUAUGGGCUAUUGUAGGACUGUGCAUGAAUUUAAUGUGCAGUAUGCAAGAUUACGUGAACGUGGUGAGGCUUACACGCGAUGGCUUGAUCGAAUUCCACGACAGCAAUUUGCUUUGGCAUUUGAUAAUGGAUACCGUUGGGGUCAUAUGACCACAAACCUAGUGGAGUGCAUCAACGGAGUACUGAAGGGAGCUCGAAAUCUUCCUAUCACGUCACUUGUGAAGGCAACUUUUUAUAGGCUAAAUGAGUUGUUCACUAGGAAGAGGGCUGAGGCUGAGGUUCGAAGGAAUGCAGGACAUGUAUUUUCUGAAUAUGCUAGCAACAAACUGCAAUCAAAUCAGCAAGCAGCAGGAAACAUACAGGUUAACCUAUUUGACAGGCAAAAUGAGAUCUUUGAGGUACGUGAGAUGCCCAUUGGUAUCGAGUAUGCUGUGAAUCUCCGUCAACGGUAUUGUGAUUGUGGUGAGUUUCAGACAGAUCGAAUCCCAUGUCGCCAUGUCUUUGCGUGUUGUGCGAACCAACGACUUGAUUGGCAACAAUACGUUCAUGAGGUCUAUAGGAUGGAUGAGAUAAGAAAGGUGUAUAGAGCACGGUUUAAGCCAUUAGGAAAUCCAGCAACAUGGCCGGUGUAUCAAGGACCAAGACACAUACCUAAUCCGCACUUAAAGCGGGUUUCCAAAGGGCGUCCCAAAAUAACCCGCUUCUUGAAUGAAAUGGAUAUGCGUGAUAUGCGUGGUCCUAGGCGUUGUAGGCUUUGUGGAGGCGAAGGCCACAGUCGAAGUAGAUGCCCCCAUCGUGCAGGGCCUAGUGCUGGUGGAUCUGCACCUAUGUCUUAG